GAAGAUCUCGUGAAGCCGGACAGAAGCCCCUCCCCUCGGAUCACUGCACUGGUCGAUGGUCCUUUUAACUUCAUUGUUGCAGGAGAAGCGACGCCCCGCUUUGCUACGGAGAAAUGAUCAAACGCCUCCUGUGAUCGGCUCGACCCCCCAGUUCUCUUGUAAUGGAAAUGAGACCCUGCCUCCCGGACACACUUUCUGCGGAGCUGCAAAGUUGAGGCGCAUUCCCAGCCGGGCCAGCAGCUGAUGACGAUGCCUCCGAGGAGCUGAUCGCCCAGUUCAGCCUCCCCCACUUUUCCCACCGUCUUUCUCCUUCGCUCUCUCGCGGAGAGACCGCAAAACUUUGCGCCAUGCGGGACUGGACGCUGCGCCUGGUCCUCUGCGCGCUCCUCGGCGCCGCUUGCGCGACGUGCCCGCCGCGCUGCGAGUGCUCGGAGGCGGCUCACACCGUGAAGUGCGUGGGCAAGGACCUGCGGAGCGUCCCGAGUGGGAUCCCCGGAUACACGCGCAAUCUGUUCAUAACUGGCAACCAAAUCAGCCGAAUCGGCCCCGAGUCGUUUAAAGGACUGGAUAAUGUGACCAACCUGUCUCUGAGCAAUAACAGGAUUUCCGAGGUGGAGUCCCACACCUUCUCCGGACUCCGCAGCCUCCGCUCCCUGGACUUGAGCAACAACCAGCUGGCGGUCAUUCACCCCGAGGCUUUCAGCGUCCAGAACCAGACCCUGAGGGAGCUCAACCUGAGCCGGGCCCUCUACAACUACUCUUCGGUGUCGGACCUGGCCACGUCGCUGCGCUGGAGCUCCCUGGGGUCCCUGCGGGGCCUGGACCUGUCCCACAACAGCCUCGUCCUCCUGCCCCCGCGCCUCUUCUCCCGCCUGAGCGGCCUGCGGCGGCUGCAGCUCUCCAACGCGUCGCUGGCGGCCCUCCCCAACUCCAGCCUGGCGGGCCUGGAGCGGCUGGAGGAGCUGGACCUGAGCCUGAACGCGCUGAGGACGCUGAGCGCCGAGGGCCUGCGCGAGCUGGACUCGCUGCCGCCGCAGGCCGCGCUCCGGCUCGGCGGCAACCCCUUCGCGUGCGCGUGCGGCGCCGAGGCCUUCGCCGCGUGGCUCAACGGCUCGCGGGGGCGCGUGCGCGACGCCGAGGGCCUGGCGUGCGCGUUCCCCGCCGCCAUGAGGAACGCGUCGGUGCUGGCGGCGGCGGGCGCGCUGACCCCGGGGUGCCGCCGGAGGGCCGCGGGGGCCGACCUGGCCCUGCAGACCUCCUACGUGUUCCUGGGCGUCGUCCUGGGCUUCGUGGGGCUCGUCUUCCUCUUUGUGCUCUAUCUGAACCGCAAGGGCAUCAAGAAGCGGGUGUACGACCUGCGCGACGCCUGCAGGGAGGUGUGGGAGGGCUACCACUACCGCUUCGAGGCGGACUCGGACCCGAGGCUGUCGCAGGUUUCCACCAGUGCCGACGCGUGACAGCUUUUAUUGUGACUCUUUUCUAAGUGGAGACUGUAAAAGUUGUACAGAUGUGUCUGUAAAUAUAUAUAGAUGUCAUGGUUCUGCCCAAAAGCAUGCACUGCCCGCGUUCUUCAGCACAACGUGCUCUGUCCGUGACUGUCAGGAAGGUACUCGCUGCACAAAAGAACAGGAAGUGCCUGGAGUUAUCUCGCCUUCUACGUGGACCCGCCUUCGUUGAGCCCGAAAAAACAAAGCAGCGCAAUAAAACCCCGACGCCACGAAAGCGAACCUCUGGGAACCCGAAAGCACAAUCGCUCAUUCAUCUGAGGCGCGUCAGGCCCUUUGGUCCCUCCAUCGCUCAGCCCCAGGGUGCCGCAGAGGAAUUAAAGCAAUACCGAAGCCCCCCCCCCAAAAAAAAACCCGCCGCUCCGCUCCUCCUCGGCUGCUGGAUUGAAACAGGGGACGAUUGAGCGCAGACCGGCGGAAAUCUCCCGGCCGCCUCAUUCUUCUUCCCUUCUUUCGUUUUUUUUUUUUUUUCGCAUCAUGAAACGUUGCUUUGUUUUAACAGCUUGAGUUUUAUUGUCACAGUGAUGAGAAGCAGUCGUGGCUGCUGAGAGCAACCCCCCCCCCGCUUCUUAAAGACAACAGCCGCUCUGGAGGCUCUUUGAAGGAAAAAAGUCUGGCUCUCCAGCUUCUCUUUUCUUUUUUUCCUCCAGUGAUAAGACACAGAUGAUUCUGAAACACCAGCUCCGUUGUUUCAUUCAGUAGUUCUGGUCUGAUCCUUGUGAAUGUUCUUACCCUGCUGGUCUCUCUCUGCCUUGUGUCAUGUUAUGAUUGCAUCAAAUCCAAAGCGUCGAAUCCUGAAUGCAAAUAUAUCCUUAUAGUGAAUGAA